AGUCCACCCUAACACCAGCUGGUGACAGGUUGGUCCGAGCGACUGGCGAACCCAGCCCAAGAUCUCUCCAUCCCUGGGCCAGAAGAUCUCUCCAUCCCUGGACCAGAAGAUCUCUCCAUCCCUGGGCCAGAAUAUCUCUCCAUCCCUGGGCCAGAAGAUCUCUCCAUCCCUGGGCCAGAAUAUCUCUCCAUCCCUGUGCACCUGGAAGAGACAACCUGAAAAUCCAAUGAGGCUUUGUUGAUCGGGGGGAGGUCGAGCUUGUGUCUCUCCAGAUACCACAGCGAGAGGUCCACCAGAGGAGAUACCUACCUCCACCACCCCGACCUCCACCCGCAGUGUAAGGCGGUGCCGGUCGGAUUCCAGAGAGGGACAUGGGCACGGUGCUCUCGCUGUCUCCCGAGCCCAAGGGCAAGGGCGUCUCGGUAGAAGGUGGUCCACAGGGUGGCAAGAGCGCCAAGGAGAAGAGCCUGAAGAAGCACUCGGUCCUCAUCUCCGCCCUCACCUGGAAGCGUCUUGUGGCCGCCUCCGCCAAGAAGAAGAACGCCAAGAAGGUCAACCCGACGCCGGCCGUUCAGGUGUACGCCUCCGGGAACAGCGAUGCGGUGAAACAGCUCAACAGCGAGAACCUCAAGAAGUCCUGCCCACUCUUGGGUCAAGCCCCGAGCGGCCCCGAACCUUACCCGGGGCAACAGAAGCCCCCCAGCGCCCCCAUCCCCGUCCCGGUCCCAGUGGCCCCGACCAACCUCCUCAAGCCCACGGCCAAGAACCUCCAGCCCUCCCAGAAGCAGCCUAGCGGCGGCGGUCUCUACUCCUCCCCUCGCCGGGUGGUGGUGCAGGCGUCCACCGGGGAGCUCCUCCGCAGCCUGGGCGACUUCUUGUGCCGCCGGUGCUACCGCCUGAAGCAGAUGAACGCCAACGAGCCGGUGCUGUGGUUCAGAAACGUGGAUCGCUCGCUGCUCAUCCAGGGCUGGCAAGACCAAGGCUUCAUCACCCCGGCCAACGUGGUCUUCGUCUACCUCCUCUGCAGGGAGGUGGUGGACGGGGAGAUCGCCACCGACUUCGAACUGCAAGCCACGUUCCUGACCUGUCUCUACCUCGCCUAUUCCUACAUGGGCAACGAAAUAUCUUACCCACUCAAGCCCUUUCUGGUGGAAACCAACAAGGAGGUCUUCUGGGAACGAAGUCUUGCCAUCAUCGACCGGAUGAGUGCCAAAAUGCUUAGGAUAAACUCCGACCCACACUAUUUCACCGAGGUCUUCCAAGAUCUCAAGAACGAAUCCAACAUCAGAGACUCCAAGGGGCAGUAUAUAAUAAGUCUGGACCGUUAGAAUAGUCUUUAAAAAAAAAUAAAUCUAAAUCAAUAAAAUAACAUGAAUGAUAAUUCUAUAUAAUAGCCGAACGAGUGGGUGCCGAGCAAGUGUCCAUUGUUAAUCUCAGAGAGCAGUUCCAAGACCCCGGGGCCACCAGAGUUAAAUCAGAGGAGGUUUGGACGAAAUCUGUUUUAAUAAAAAAACUGGCCUUGAAGCCGAACAAAA